AUGCCUAUUAUAAUUGUGGAAUCCCCAAGAUAUUUGAUUUCACAAAAUAAAAUUGAAGAGGCAAAAGAAGCAUUACAAAAAUUAAGAAAAGGAUAUAAUAUUGAUUUAGAAUUUGAAGAAAUUCUUCAGGGACAAUCCAUAAAUCAAAUUAAUGAUGUUAAUAUCGAGACAGGUGAUAAACAAAACUCUCUUGUUGACACUAAUGAUCAACUUAGAAUCAAGAAAUCGGCUUCAUUUAAAGAACUUUUCCAAGACUCAUAUUGUUGCAGGAUGAUGUUCGUUGGUAUUGGAUCAAAUGCCGCACAACAACUUUCUGGUAUCCAAGGAAUCAACUUUUAUAGGUAA